GCCCGCCUAUAAAAGCGCGGAGCGGCCACUGCGCCACGGAUCGACCGGGCGAGGAGGACAAGCCGAGACCGACUUGAGAGGAACCUGGGAUUGUUUCUGCGGAGAAAAUGACACCUGCUGGAUGGCUCCCUCUGCUGGGGCUCCUCUUUCUCUGGGAGGGCGGGCACUGCCUUGUUCCUCCGGAAGAGCUGCAACAGAUGUCUGAAACGGGAAGCAAGUUGGUCGACUCGGAGCUGGAGAACGCCAUCAACGGGGUCCGGCAGAUGAAGGUCCUCAUGGACCAGACGAGCAGAGACCACCGGGAUAUCUUGAACGCCUUGGAGGACACCAAGAAGAAGAAGGAGGAGGCUCUCCUCCUGGCCCAGGAGACGGAGAAACAGCUGACAGAGAAGGAGGUCUGCAACGAGACCAUGCUGGCCCUCUGGGAAGAGUGCAAGCCCUGCUUGAAGCAGACCUGCAUGAGGUUCUACACCCGGACGUGCCACAGCGGGGCCGGUCUGGUGGGCAGGCAGCUGGAGGACCUCCUCAACCACUCCUCGCCCUUCACGAUCUGGGUCAACGGGGAGCGCAUCGACUCCCUGAAGGACGCGGGCGAGGACCAAGGGCAGCGGUUGGACGAGCUGGAGGAACGCUACAGCCUGGUUGAGGGUGGCGUGGACGACCUCUUUCAAGAGAGCACCCAGGCCUAUGGGCACUUCGCCCCCUUCUUCCAGUCGCCCUUCAGCGGCUUCCGGGACAUGUUCUGGGGUCCCAUCCGCAGCAUCCGACUCCCGGGCUCCCGCCUGGCCAGGGACGUGGCCCCCUUCCCCGCCUUCCCAGGCCAGUACCGACCCCACCAGGACUUCCACCAGCUGUUCCAGUCGCUCCACCAGAUGACACAGCAGCUCAUGGACGGGGUGCAGAAGGGGCCCUACGGUCAGUGGCCGGAGGGACGGCCGGGGCUUUCCUUUGGGAGGUUCCCGACAGGGACCCCCAGUACUGGGGACGACCGCCUGGUGUGCCGCGAGAUCCGCCGCAAUUCUGCCGGCUGCCUGAGGAUGAAGGAGAGGUGCGAGAAGUGCCAAGCCAUCCUGGAAGUCGAUUGCUCCCAGACAGACCCAGAGCAGACCCUGCUGAGAGAGCGUUUUGAGGAUGCCCUUCGAGUGGCGGAGCGCUUUACCCGGAGAUACGAUGAAAUCCUCAAGACUUUCCAGGAGGAGAUGCUCAACACCACGAGUCUAUUGGACCAGCUCAACCAGCAGUUUGGCUGGGUGUCCCGCCUGGCCAACGUCACUCGGAAUAGCGACAAACUUCUGCAGGUCACCAUGGUGGCAACCAAAUCUUCUGACCCCGAGGACCCAUCCCAGCCAACAGACACACAGGUGACCGUCCAGCUCUUUGACUCCGAGCCACUGACCCUGCUGGUGCCGGGAGACUUGGAAGUGAAAGACCCCCAAUUCAUGGACCUGGUGACCAAGCAGGCCAUCCGCCAGUUCAAGGCCAAUGAAGUGGAGUAGCUUUGCCUCCCCACCCCGCCACCCCGCCCCGGAUCUCAGGCCACGACAAGGGAGAGAGAGAGAAGCCAUAGCCUUCUGCCGUUCCUGCUGCCGACGCUCUCUUAGCGCGCCUCAGAGGACCUUCGCCCACCAAGCGCAGUCCGUCUGUCUUAGUAGUUUACACUGUACCGCUUGCCCUGUUUUUGCUGCUGGGUCUUUGCCGAUCCGAACCCGAAAUAAAAGAUUAUAUUAGGCCCAACG